GGCUUCAGUCAUUCAUUCGGUUCCACGCUGGAACGACGUACACCUGCUGCUCGUCUGGUCUGGUCAUUCGUGAUCGUAUUUCGUGCACAAAAUCUGUGAUUGUAUUUGUGAGAUUGUGUGUUAUAAUAGUCGUUUUAUUCAGUUUUUCUUAGUUUUUGGUACCUAAUACGUGCGUACUCAAAAUACAUUACAUUUUUUAUUAAGUAUUUAGAUUUCGGUACAUCGGGCUUUAAUUGUUCGUUCCCUAAAAUAUUUAAAUAUUAAAUUUAAGAGGUAGUAAUACAAUAAAAUCAUUUAUAUAUAAAUUAAGCCUAUCCUUCGGCGAAGUUAGUAGGUGAAAAGUAUUGGAUAAACCGACCAAACAAGUCUGCCUGUCUCACUCAGUUCAAACCAUUACUUACAUACGUUUUAAAAGAGAGGCAGAGAUAAAACGUUGCUGUGUCGUUGGAGAACUCAUAACUAAAUCACACAAUAUUAUUGCAUUUUUUUUUAAAUAAUUGCACAUUAUAAAUAAAAGUGGAGCAAAAAGUAGACAAAAUGUCAGCUGAGAAAAUCGAAGAAAUCCCCGCUGGUGAUGAACCAUUCUUGGGCAUAUUGGAUAUUGCCUUGCUGCUGGCAUUAAUUGGAGGCGCGACAUGGUACUUUAUGCGCAGCCGCAAGAAGGAAGAGGAGCCUGUUCGUUCUUACUCAAUACAGCCCACAACAGUAAGCACCGCUACUUCAUCCGAAAAUUCUUUUAUCAAGAAAUUGAAAGCUUCCGGCCGCAGUUUAGUUGUCUUUUAUGGUUCUCAGACAGGCACUGGUGAGGAGUUUGCAGGCCGUCUGGCGAAAGAGGGCUUACGUUAUCGCCUGAAGGGUAUGGUAGCGGAUCCGGAAGAAUGUGAUAUGGAAGAGCUUUUGCAAUUGAAAGACAUUCCUAAUUCGCUAGCUGUAUUCUGUUUGGCUACAUAUGGUGAAGGCGAUCCCACAGAUAAUGCAAUGGAAUUCUAUGAAUGGCUUUUAAACGGUGAUGCUGAUUUAAAUGGCUUGAAUUAUGCGGUAUUCGGACUUGGCAACAAAACCUAUGAGCAUUACAACAAAAUGGCAAUUUAUGUAGAUCAGCGGUUGGAAGAGCUGGGUGCUACACGUGUCUUCGAAUUGGGACUUGGUGAUGACGAUGCGAACAUUGAAGAUGACUUUAUAACUUGGAAGGACCGUUUUUGGCCUGCAGUUUGCGACUUUUUCGGCAUUGAAGGCGGUGGGGAAGAAGUGCUUAUGCGUCAAUAUCGUCUUCUGGAACAACCCAAUGUACAACCCGAUCGUGUAUAUAGUGGUGAGAUUGCCCGUUUACACUCCUUAGAAAAUCAACGUCCGCCGUUUGAUGCCAAAAACCCAUUCCUUGCGACCAUCCUUGUCAACCGUGAGUUGCACAAAGGUGGCGAUCGCUCAUGUAUGCAUAUUGAGUUGGACAUUAGUGGAUCUAAAAUGCGAUACGAUGCUGGCGAUCAUGUUGCUAUGUACCCCAUUAAUGAUAGCGAACUGGUAGAAAAGUUAGGCAAACUUUGCAAUGCUGAUCUGAACACUGUAUUCUCGCUGAUCAACACGGACACUGAUAGUAGUAAGAAACAUCCAUUCCCCUGUCCUACUACGUAUCACACGGCUUUGAAACACUACUUGGAAAUUACUGCCAUACCAAGAACGCACAUUCUCAAGGAAUUGGCAGAAUACUGCACUGAUGAGGCCGAUAAAGAAUUUCUUCGUAGUAUGUCUUCCAUAUCUCCUGAAGGUAAAGAAAAGUAUCAGAGUUGGAUACAGGAUGCUUGUAGAAAUAUUGUGCACAUCUUGGAGGAUAUUAAGUCAUGCAGACCACCUAUAGAUCAUAUAUGCGAAUUGUUGCCUCGCUUACAACCACGUUAUUACUCUAUAUCGUCGUCUUCUAAGUUGAAUCCAAAUCACGUACAUGUCACUGCCGUUUUAGUGCAAUACAAAACACCAACUGGACGCGUAAAUAAUGGUGUGGCAACAACUUAUUUGAAAAAUAAGAAACCUGGCAGCGAGGAUGUACGAGUACCAGUUUUCAUACGUAGGUCACAAUUCAGACUACCAACGAAAACAGAAAUACCAGUUAUUAUGGUUGGACCAGGCACUGGGUUUGCUCCAUUUCGCGGAUUUCUUCAAGAGCGCCAAUUCUUGCGCGAUGAAGGCAAAACAGUUGGCGAAUCAAUUUUAUACUUUGGCUGCAGAAAGAAAAGCGAAGACUUCAUUUAUGAGGAGGAACUUGAGGAGUUCGUAAAGAAGGGAACACUAACCCUCAAGACCGCUUUCUCACGUGAUCAAAAUGAGAAAAUUUAUGUGACCCAUUUGAUCGAAAAGGAUGCUGAUUUGAUUUGGAACGUGAUAGGAGAGAAUAAAGGGCACUUUUAUAUUUGCGGUGAUGCCAAAAAUAUGGCUGUCGAUGUUAGAAAUAUUUUAGUCAAAAUUCUUGUGGCCAAGGGUAACAUGAGAGAAGCUGAUGCUGUGCAAUAUAUUAAGAAAAUGGAAGCCCAGAAACGUUAUUCCGCUGAUGUCUGGAGCUAGAAAUGCUGAAAUACAACAUCUUUACAAAAAUCAGCAACUAAAAAGCCUUUAAAAAUUCCUCAUUAAGUAGAAAAAUGUGUUAUGGCGUCAACCUGUGCACCGUACGUGAAUGAGACCCAGAUUUAAAAAAUUAAAAUAAAAAAUGUAUUUAAAAGAAACAAUAUUUCAAUCGGAAGGCAUCACAUUCCUCCGUCUACAUCAUCUCCUGUAUAUGCCUUAUCUGUGCGAAUGCUCAUUAUUUCUCGGCUAUUAUUUUAGUUAUUUGGCUAUAAUGUAAAUUAAAAACUUGGUCUAGUUAAGAGAAGUUUUCAAACAAUAUUAAGGGUUUUGGAGUCUUGCACAUAAGAAAUUUACAAAGAAAAUUCAACACUACAUGUAAGAUGAUCUAAUUUUUUAGAAACAUCUCGAUUUUAAGCGUAAUAAGUAAGUAGUGACCUACGUUGAUAAAUAAAUGUACGUGAACAAAUAUUAGGUACGUAUUUAUUUUGCAUACUGGUGUGACAUUUUUUAGUAACCAAUGUGCAAUUUAUGAAGAAAGUCAAUAAACAAAAUUUUAUUUUUUAUUUAAUAACUAAAUAAUUUUACAUUUUGUAAAUAAACUUUUAAGAACUUA